GGAGGAUUACUCGCCGUAGCCGUACGCUCAACGCAGAAGCUCCGCCCGCGGGAGGCAGCCAAGUUGUUAAAGCGUACCGACCAUAUUUUAACCGACAGAGCACGCGCGUGAAAGUAAAAGUUUGUUUGAGUUGUCACCAAGUCAGAUAACUUUAAACUUUUAAAGUUUUUAAAGCCGACAACGAAUCAUUUUCGGGUGCGGAGACGUUUAAACAGAUAUAGCUAACCUGGCAGACACAAGCAGGCUAACUGUCAGUAACGUAUACUUAGCUGUCUGUAGUAACUUAGCUGAGACGAACUGGAGCUCAAGCUAGCGCUAACGUAAGGAUAACUUACUAAGCUGUUUCUGUCAUUUAGCUUUAUCUGCUAGAACAAGGCUGAGGAAAAGCUGUACAAAGAAUGGUUGUUAAUGUGGCCAAGGCUUAAAUUUAAAAGUGCAUUUUUAUUCUACGCUCCACUCAACGUACCCAAUUCAAGCAACGCCAAAAAACUUUGUUUUACAAACAAUGUCUUCUCCACUGAAGAGUAAGGCAGCAGAUAUGGUGGUCAAGACAGGACUUCAGCACUUCAAACACAGAGGGGAGAACUCCUGUGGAGCAACUUCUCCCCUCCGAAUCUGUCUGCGCUGUAUGGUUCGCCUGUUGUCACCUCUUCAGCCAUCCAACAUAACAGCCAGCAGACAAACAAAAUGGGCAUCCUCUGGCGUUCAGCAGUGAGACUUUAGAUUACAGCCCUGUAUUGCUGCGGCUCCUCUCUCCAUGGCAGCCUAUUAGGAGUGUAUAGCCCGGUGAGCAGGGCCGCCGCUGUGACGAGCCAAAGGGACAGACAGGGGGAGACAGUGUGACGGAGAAGAGUGUGGCGGCUCGAGUAGAUUGGAGCUGGGAUCCAUCCAAAAAACUUCAGCCAAGUUUUGAUGAGAUGAGACUGAUCGGACCCACUGCUGAGAGACCCUGCUUUACUUUCUUUCUCUCCCCCUACCCUUGACGCCUUCGUGCAGUGCGACAGCGGCACUUUCCCCCCCUCUCGCCGCCUCUUCCUCUUCUUCCUCCUCCUCCUCCUCCCUCCCGGGUCGAGACGAGCGCAGCGGCGGAAAAAAAAAAAAGAAAGAAAGAAAACUUCAGUCCAGCCCGAGAGACGGUGAUCGGGCUUCGGCCUCAGGUGUAUCUCUGAGGCGGGGCGACGCGGAAGUCCAGGUGUUGUGGAGGCAUGGACUGUAACUGCGUCAGUGAUCUGCUGCUCCCCCCAGUGCCUGCGCUCUGGACGCCAGGGUUUGCCUUCCCGGACUGGGCCUACAAGCCUGAGUCGAGCCCUGGGUCCAGACAGAUCCAGCUGUGGCACUUCAUCCUGGAGCUGCUGCAGAAGGAGGAGUACCAGGGUGUGAUCGCCUGGCAGGGGGACUACGGAGAGUUCGUUAUCAAGGAUCCAGACGAGGUGGCCCGGCUGUGGGGGAUAAGGAAAUGCAAACCUCACAUGAACUACGACAAACUGAGCAGGGCACUGAGGUAUUACUACAACAAGCGCAUUUUGCACAAAACCAAAGGGAAGCGGUUCACGUACAAGUUUAACUUCAGUAAGGUCGUGCUGGUGAACUACCCCAUCCUGGACAUGGCCAACUCUCCCUUCUUUCUGGCCCAAAACCACUUCAACGGGGGAUCCGCCGCACCAGACUGCAGCCCAGAGUCCAUACAGUCCCUGUUUCCCCGUUUGCCAGAAGCCGGCAGGGGAACGUCCCUGUUUGAUCGAGGGACCGCGGCGCCAGGGCCCGAAGGAGACAAGCUGAGACUGGAUGCGUUCCCCUUCCUCAGUUCAGGUGCCCCGUGCUAUUCCAAACCCCCGUCCCUGCUGGGCCCGUACCCGCGCAACCCACCCUUUGACUACCCCUGGGGCUUCAACCCCUACCUCCCAGGGGCCUUCUCUCUCAACAACUGCCCCAAACUGCCUCCUGGCUCCCUCUACCCCUCCCAGUUCUACCCCAACCCUCUGCAGAGCAGCCUUUCCCAGCUGCCUCACCCUUUCUCAUCUGUGCUCCCCCCAGGGGAGGCAGGUGCAGGUGAGAGGGGAGCAGCGGGGCAAACCGGAGGGACAAACGGCACGGCGGGUGGUCAGCCGGUCAGACUCUGCCUGCCACCCUACCCAGGGAGCCUGUCAAUGGGUCGGACUGACAUCGGGGCGUCAUUGGGGGAAAGGGAAAGGGUGGAGGCCAGUCCUCCAGGCACUGGGCUGGGGCUGAGUCUGGGAGCAGUCGGCCUGGGAGCCGGUACUGGGACAGGCCGGCAGAGCCCCACAGAGAGGAGAGGUGGGGUGAAGCAGGACCCGGAGUCAGACUCAGACCUGGAGAUCACAGAUCUGAGCGACUGCAGCUCGGACAACGAAAACGAGCACGAGUUCAGCAUCAGGAAGGAAUCCAGCCUGGCGAACCGGUCGCAGAUAGUGCUGGAUGGAAAGAAAGGCAGCGUGUUGCCACCCAUCUCCUCUCUCCCCCCGCCAGCGUCACCGCAUCCUCUGAAGAGCCUGGUGCCCAUCACUCCUCCGCCCCCGUCCCUGCCUCCGUCACUUUCCCCCUCCGUGGCUGUGCAUGAAAGACACAGGGAGACAGAGACUCUCAAAAUGAUACACAGCUAAUACAUUCUCUCCUGCGUCCACCAUCUUGCCAGUCUGCGCCUCUGAUAACUCUCUUUUUCUCUCCUUUCCUUUCUCGGAGACACUUUCCUGCUUUAAACUGUCAGCUUCCCCCAAUCACUCCCGAUGAUACUUUGUUCCAGGAAAGGCAGUUAUGUUCUUUACUUCUGAAAUUACUGUUUCCCUGUUUGCCGUGUAAGUUUGUAACUUGCCUACAGUCCAUUACACUACUGACUUGUCCAUUCUGGAGUAUACGGGGCGCACAGUUUUUAGGCUAUAGGCUGUCUGUAUCACCAUCCUGUCCUUUCCGUUUUGAUCUCUCACACCAAACGAUCGCUCCAUGGUUCCUGGACUUAGUUUUGCGUGUUGCCAGCAGUACUCAGACUACAAUUUGCUGUCUGCGGCCGAGCUAUGAUAGAAGGCAGCGAGGUGGUAAAUUACAGCACAGCAAAGCCUGCCUCGACAAACAUUAACAAACAACAUCCCUAUACUAACAGAACAGAACAACAAAUAAUGCUCAGAUCGAUCCAAUUUUACAGAUUUGUCCUGUAAUUCUUGAGAUUCGGACUAUAUAGAAUCACUAUGACUCCUGAGACAUAGUCAAACACUGCCACCUAGUGGUCCUCUUGGUCAACGUGUCCUUCAGUGAAAUCAUCUCCUUUCCGUAAUCCUGUGGUCCAAAUUGUUGCCCCUGACUUUGUUUUGCACUUUCUUUGAUAUGAUAUUGUUUCUUAAUUUCUUAAUUCAAAUGGUAAAAUCCAUAUUUCUAAUGCUGUUAACUGUGGUAGUCUGUGAAUAUUUAUUUUGUCCUGUGGUUCAAGUAUUUCCUGCACAUUUUCUUUAGAAACAAAAAAACAAAAAAAAAAAAAACAAAAAAAAAAGGAAAGAAAAAGAGAGCAGAGGGAGCUGGACCCAAUCUAGAAAUUUGUAUGAAUAUUUCUGUGUAUAUAUUUUAUUAUGGUGUACAUUACAUUUAAUUAUUAUUCACUAUGAUAAGAUUUAGCUGUAUUGUUGUGAUUUAAUUCCGUAUUUAAACAUGUUGGAAAAAUUAUAAGCUUAGGUGUAUCAAAGUUUAAAUUAUUAAUGGCAGAAGAUCUGCACUCUGAAGAUGUUUUUCUAUGAUGAGGACAGAGUUCACACUGGGAAUUGUCUCUGAUUUUCUCAACCCCAAUUAAUUGUGCCCUUUGGUCAUUUUUGCCAGAUGCCCAACGUACAAACCCUUUGGGUUCAAGAAUACGCCGGUAGACUUAUUUUUAUAGUUAGCAUUCACCCAGUGUAACUGUACUGUAAUUAGUCUAAUGUGAAUAAUAUUGGUCUUUGCAUUUUCUAUUUUUAAAUCCUCCCCCUGAAAUCUGUUUUGAUUAUUUUUCAAUCAGAGCUUUUUGUCCGGGCCAGCAGCGGGGCAAUCGGGUUUGCUUAAGGACAUUGAACAGUGGGAGGGGAAAAUAUUCGAAAACUGUUUAUCUUUGCUCUACCAGGUCUAAUAAAAUGACGUCCCCUCCUCCAGACUCUCAGCACAGAGUGAACACUAAACCAUAUUGUACAGCUUCAUAGCCUUUAUAGCCUAUGGUUUGUCAAACAGUGGCGGUAUACGAUUAGUUGUGAAAGCUCUAUUGUAAAGUUAAUGUAAAGCUCUAUGUUUGUUGAGUUGCUACGGGAAAGGCCUCCAGUUCACCCCCAUGUGUGGGGUCCAACUAACUAACAGCUGUAAAUACAGUUUUCCUUUGUGUGUGUAUGUGUGUGUACACAUCCAAAAAUGACAAUGCAGUGGUUUUACCUGUCACCUCUCUUUGUUUUACUGUAAAGAGGAAAAAUGGAAAGUGCAAAAAAGAAGAAAAAGAUUAAUAUCUUCAAAAGCAAUAAACAUUAUUCUGGAUAGUGA